GAGUAAAACGUCGGGACCGGUGCGGUCAUACGCGCUACCCAUGACAUAACUCCGAGCUAGUGGAGGUUCACUCAAUUGAUAUAAUCUCCAUGCCAUAUGCCACCUCGUUAGGUGGCUCUCAGCUCUUUGGCAGGUUGCAGGAUUUCCUGAGCAGAAUGGCGUUAUAAAGUCGUCUGGUCGACGGCGAAAACCUUAGCCCUUCUUCGGUGUCCACUCAUUUACAAAUGCACGUCACUCUUUUUCUUCUCUUUACCUACUUUACUGCGGUAUCUGCUGCUCCGCUCUUUGAGCCUAUCUUUGACUGGCUGGGAGGCCUGUCUGGGUCCAACAGUGGCUCUCCUUCUCCUGCAUCCACAGCUGUGGAAACACAGUCCCUUGAUGAGCUCUAUGAUCUCGCUGUUGUCGAAGGAGGCCAGCUUUUCGUCCGAGCUGGGGGCGAUACGAGUGUUCAGCAAGAUCCUUUCGUCCAAUCAUUCCAAGAAAGAUUCCCCAAUAUCAACAUCACUAUCACUGUCGACCUUUCCAAAUAUCAUGACGGUAUUAUCGACCGAUCCAUAAACCUCACUGGGAAGGCUGGAGUAGACGUUGCGCAUCUGCAGACAUACCAUGACUUCGUUCGGUGGAAGAGCGAAGGUCGACUUCUCAACUACAAACCCGCCGGAUGGGACCAAAUACCAGAUGAUAUCAAAGAUCCUGAUGGCGCCUUUGUAGGAAUGGCCUACUACCUUUUUACCAACACAUAUGCGACGGCCAAGACCAACGCGUCCGAUGCCCCAAAAGAAUUCCUUGACUACCUGGACCCGAAAUGGCAGAACCGCAUCGUAAGCGCAUAUCCCAACGAUGACGAUGCUGUCUUAUUCGAGUUCUACAAAGUCCAACAAACCCACGGCUGGCAAGCCAUCUACGACUUCAUCGCACAGGGUAUCACCUGGGUCAGGGGGACUGCUACUCCACCUGCGGUCCUCCUGUCUGACGGGCCCGAAGCUGUGACAUUUACCACAGCUACGGGAUUCCCGAAUGCGAGUACCGGAAUUGUCGAAGAGCUCCCUCCGGACUCAGACUCGAGCACACUGGUCAUCUGGGCUCAGCGUGCGGCGAUAUUCAACACGGCCGAGCAUCCGGCCGCCGCUAAGCUCUAUAUGAACUGGUUGUUGUCGGUGGAUUACCAGAGCGUAAUAGCUAGUGGGGGAUGGAGCGUCAGAAACGAUGUUCCACCAAAGGAAGGCCUCAAGCCACUAGCUGAGUAUGGGAACAUGCUAGAUACGAAGCCGUUCGAUGAGUGGAUGCUUGACCGUGAAGUUGUCGAGCGGUUUAGACUGCAGUUCGAACAGCUGUUAAGCUUUCCCCAAGGUCCUAGCCCGAUUGAUGAGCUGACAGAGUCCAUAAGGAGGAUUGGAGUAUAUUAAUGAUCUGCGUAUUUACGAUCCGUUAAUCCGGGACAAUCAUAUUUACGUCGAGCGGCGUAUUGUAAUAUGCCACCUAAGUUUGAGGCUGCUGAGUACUCCAGCCACUUUCUUCAAUUCAGUAUGACAAUC